GUGCUAUUAAAUUCUAAUUAGAGAUGCAGGGAAUCAAUGAUAGGGAGGUUGGACAGCUAAGGUCCCCCCAGUGCCAGCCCAAUAGACUGAUGAGUUAUUGUCAUGUAAAAAGCGCCAGCAAUAAGACCAACCGCUUUGCUAUUGUCCAAGUGGAAAGAGCCAAGUUUAUUAUGAGCACUAUAUGCUCUAGAGACCUCAGGCAAGGCAUCUCAUAGGAGGCUUUUUCAUAAAACGAGGCUCUGCUGCUAGUAAGGAGGCCAGUACUGAAGCAGGCGUGGAGCAGAGCACAUCACCACCACCACCACCUCCACCACCACCACCACCUCCUCCAGCUUAGUCUAUUUCUUCCCCUCUUUGGUCAGCCGCACAGAGCCUUUUCAAUGUAUAAAAUGGAAUAUUCUUACCUCAAUUCCUCUGCCUACGAGUCAUGUAUGGCUGGCAUGGACACCUCCAGCCUGGCAUCUGCCUAUGCUGACUUCAGUUCCUGCAGCCAAGCCAGUGGCUUCCAGUACAACCCCAUCAGGACCACUUUUGGGGCCACCUCCGGCUGCCCGUCCCUCACCCCCGGAUCCUGCAGCCUUGGCACUCUCAGGGACCACCAGAGCAGCCCCUAUGCAGCAGUGCCUUACAAGUUGUUCACUGAUCACGGAGGACUGAACGAGAAGAGGAAGCAGAGGAGGAUAAGGACCACAUUCACCAGUGCCCAGCUUAAAGAACUGGAGAGGGUGUUCGCUGAGACCCAUUACCCAGAUAUCUACACCCGGGAGGAGCUGGCCCUCAAGAUAGACCUGACUGAGGCCAGAGUGCAGGUCUGGUUCCAGAACCGCCGGGCCAAGUUCCGAAAACAAGAGAGAGCCGCAGCUGCAGCGGCCGCCGCUGCCAAGAACGGCUCCGCGGGGAAGAAGUCAGACUCCGCGCGGGAGGAUGACAGCAAAGACAACAAGCUCACCGACCCUGACAGCACCGGGGGGCCAGGUAACAACCCCAACCCCACCCAAAGCUGCGGUGGGGGCCCCAGCCCUACAGGCUCCCAGGGCACAGUGGGACCCCAGGACCAAGUCAAAGGUGGAGUGCAAAGUGCUGUGAGCCUGACGUCAGCGUCGGUGGUCGGGGGCGCUGGAGGGGCACAAGGCUGGGCUACCGGUCCAGGUGGCACCAUCACCUCCAUUCCUGAUUCUUUAGGAGGUCCAUUCGCCAGCGUCUUAUCAUCCCUGCAGAGACCCAAUGGUACCAAACCCACCUUAGUGAAGGGCAUGUUCUGAAACUGGCCCCACCAUGGACAUUAGUCCUGCUGCCUGUACUCACAAUGACCUGACCACAAGGACUGCCAAGGACAGCUCAACACCUGUAUAGUUAGCCCAUGAUGAGUGCAGACUUCAGCACUAUGGACCACUGACUGAUAUCAGCCACCAGGUGUGGCCAGGGUGCCAGUGGGCACAGCAGACCCAAUGUAGACUGCCUGAACCAUCCAUGCCAAUGGUGGUACAGAGACCGGCCCAGGGCAGAGCAAGGCUCCCCCAAGUCCUGCUGCCUCUGUGACCCCCAUCUACCUGCCCUGGACUGCCACCUCUCCACUGCCCACCCCCCAGUAAUCUAUUUAUUUAUCACAAUGAUUUGCACUGUGUUGCAGGCGCUGCCUGUCUCCUACAGGACUGACACAUCUCUUCCAGGUGAAAUAAUGACAUAUUUAUUACUUGUUUCGAUUUCAAAAAACUAUUUUUCGUUUUUUUUUUAUU